CAUUUUGACAGCAUAGCGAGACUAGCUUAUGUACUUUGCAAUACUUCAUGGGAGUUGAGCAUGCCCUGCAGAGUUCUUUAAUUUGCUUGUCAAGACUGAUGGUGGAAUGUUCUCUUCAGCAUCAUGGAUAACUAACAUCCUGUGUGGACAUCGAGUAACUCUUCUGAAGUUUCAUGAUAUUAUUCAUAAGCUGUUUUAUUGACAUCUUUGCGUGGUUGAAAAUCUUAAUGAACGAUCACAUGAUACAUGACGUGGAUUUUGUGUUAUUAUAGAUGAUACCACAUUAAAACACGACAAAACCGCAUGUAUUGAUUCAAUCUCAUCAUUAAAUCAACAGAAUUUAAGUUAAGACUUUGUUUUGUAUCAAAGGUUACCUGCUGUUUUCUGUGUGUCGACACGCUGUCGAUGUCUUCUCUGUUCCGCCAAAGCUAUUUAUUUAUCCUGUCUGAGUAAGUAUGCAAAUAGAACCGUUGUCUUCACUAACAUUAGAACAGUUGCAGCUCAUGUAGUGCAGCAACGUUUUAUUCUUUGCAACCUAAGCCUAACCACAAGGUCUACCCAUCACAUAACGGUAACCUCAAAAAUCUACGUAGCAAACUCUUUUAAAUGUUAAAUGUAACUGAGCAACAAAGCACUAGUCUUUCCCUUUACUAAGACACAUGUUGAACAGCACUUAAUUUCAACAUUUACUCUCCUGAUCUAUCCCUAUGCUGGGAACUAGAAAUCCACUGCCCAGUUUCGGUCGUAAAUGAUUCAUGUAGCCCCAACACAAAGGGUUUAAGUUAACUUAACAUUUAACAAAUGUAAUUUCAUUUAACGUAAUAAAAUUGAGUGCAAAUGACAACCGAGUAAAAAACUUAACAUAAGUUUUGUUAGCAAAGUAAAUUGAGCAAACUACAGAGAUGUGUGAGUUUUCUGCAUUUUCACGAGAAUUGAAAGACUUAUUAGAGUUUAAUUGUUUAAUGUUUCGGUAUUUUGAAUAUUUAAAAGAGUUUAUAGAAUAUAAAACACUUUUUGGUUACCUUUGUGUUGAAUGAGCUAGCUUGUUUUUAGGCUGUCAGUAGCUGUCAUAAACACACAUGAAUGUUCCAUGAUCAUUUGAUUGUGAAAGUUAGAAAUGAUGACCAUAUAAAUAAUGUGCAUGCUCUCAAGCUGAUUCAUUUUAUUGAUUUAUAUAAGAAUCAAUAGACAACAUAACACUUGCUCAUAUUCACUAACCUUUGCAUGCAAGUAAAAAAGUUAUCAUUUCAGACAUCAACACAGUUACAACUUACCUAGAACAUCGUUUUAGUGAAAUGUAACCAUAGCCAAACCACAAGGUCUACACUUCAGCCUAACGGUAACCUCAAAAAUCAACAUAACAUAAUCUCUUUUAAAUGUCAAAAAUAGAACUACUCAACAAACUUUAAAAGGUAUUUCCCUUUACUAAAAAAAACACCUUAAGCAGCACUUCAUUUCAACAUUUACUCUCCUGAUCUCUCCUCUCCUUUACACUUCUGUGCCGAGUCUGGUGUGGACAAAUUGUUUGUCAGUAGAACCUCAUCAUCACAUCUUGUUAGAACUCGGUGGAAAGGUUAAGGUAUAAAUACAUUAUAUAUAGCCAGUUAGAUGGGAGCUUUAAUUAUUUUUAUUUUUUUUACCUUUGCGUAAAAUGUAACCUUGUUCGUCAGAAGUGAAAGCAAAGCUGUGGCUUCAGUUGUAGAUGUGGGAGGAGUCAACAUAGCCUCUGUUCUUCAAACAGUCAUAGCACAUUUAUUUCAUUUCUAAUGACAGAAGGUUCUGCAUUUUCCAGACAACAACAAUAUUGAUGAUGGAGCAAGGAUUAGGCUUCAAUUCCACAUCUAACAGCACUGUCGUGGGUUCAAAGAACAUCGCUCCGGCUGUAGUUCUGGGUCUGUGCUGUUUGGUUGGUUUGCCAAGCAACAUUGUGGUAAUCAUCAGCAUUACUCGUGAGUGGAACAGAAAUCCAAGCUUCACCUUAAAACUAGUGCUGAACCUUGCGGUCUCUGAUGCUUUGACCCUUUGCUUGGCUCCUUUUGUGCUGUAUGGAAUACUGUUUGGAUGGAAACUUGGCCUUUGGUUUUGUCAGUUCCUGUUUUUUUUGGGUCACUGUAGUCUGUAUGUUGGGGUCCUGACGGUCACCUCCAUGAGCAUCCACCGCUAUCACAAUGUCAUCAAGUCAAGAGUCACUAACAGAAUGAUACUGCAAAGACUGGAAAGACGGCACAGGCGCCUUCAGCUGAUUGGCAUCUGGUUUCUAGCUUUUGCUUUUUCCCUGCCAGUACUUUUUACUCAUAGGCUCGAAGACAAGAAUGGACUUGAAAGAUGUCAGAGGGAAAUGGAGUUGCAGUCUGUAGAAGUGACUCUUUUGCUUUUUGAGAUCCUGGUUGGGUUUAUCAUUCCAUUUGUGACAAUGUUGACGUGUUAUCUAUGGUUGGACAAAGGGUUGAGACAAAAGGCCAAGAGCUCCAGUCUAACUUCUUCACAGGACCAGGACCAGGAACCCAGAAACCAGGGGACAAACGUUAGGAAUUACAAGAAGAGACUUGUGAUCAGCAUCGUUGUGGCUUUCUUUCUCUUUUGGACUCCUGUGUACAUUAUCAAUGUGAUUGAUAUAGUCAAAACUCUGACUAAAACAUCUCAUCCAGAUGUUCAUUCCCAACUGAAUUACUUCCGCCAGGUAUAUGGUGAUCUAAUCAAGACUCUGGCUUUAUUAAACUGCUGUCUGAAUCCUUUUCUUUAUGUUUUCUUUUCAAGAAAUGUCAUAAAGUGUACCAAGUAGACCCCACCCAUAUUUGUUCCACAGUUACAUAUUCAAAUAAUUAUUUAUAAAUUGUAAACCUUGUCUGCUAAUCUGGUGAUCAGUUUUCUUUUAAAAAAACGUCUUUGUUGUAAAAAGCUGCGUUAAUGCAAUUCUGAAAUCUAAUCUGCCAAAGGAUCAUCUGUGAGCGAAUAAAUGCUUACCAUAAUCAUAAAUGUACUGGAUAAUAUGUCUUAUUUACAAUAAUUUAAAUGAUUUUUAAUUUCUUUCAUUUGUGCAUGUUUUUGAAAAAAAUUGCCAUUUCAAUUUUUAGAAAGAUGAAAAAUAUGUUAAAUAAUUUAACAACCCUGUAAUGAAUUUGGUAGCUUGUGACAGCAGUAUACAGUAAGUAAACAAUAUUAUUUGAAUGUCUACGCAGUAUAGAGGAUGCACAUUUAGCUACAGUAUACAGUUAUGUUCCAGCCUGUUUCCUUCCUCUUGUUCUACAGCAAUAAUAGUAUACUUUAUUUGUAGCUAUAGUGUUUUAUAAAUGCUGUCCCACUUAUUAUAGUUCUUAUGUUUUCAUAAUGGAAUCAUAAGCACAAUGGGGCACUGCACACUCUUGCUUCAUUAACUGGGUUCUAAACAGAAACAGGAAUGGAAACACUGUGCAUGGUUGUCUGGUUGUUGACCACUUGGUUUAGUUUCAGAUGCGUAUCAGACAUGUGAUUGGCAUGAAGAUCAGUUUGCUUUGUCAACUCACAUCUGUAUUACAUUGAACUAUUUGAGCAGUGUAUGAAAAUGUAUUAAAUGGAUAUGUUUUUAAUUUACUUAUUAAGUAUCACUAAUCAAAACAUGAUUAAUAGCAAGAUGGACUGGAAUUUUUUUUAAUGAAAAUAUAUUAAACAUACAUUUCCAGUUAUGCAAUUUACAGUAACAUAUGUCAAUAUCAUUCAAAACCUUGAACACAGAUUUGAGAACAGAAUAACAGUACAACAUAUAUCAGGUCACCGUUUGGCUUAAAUGCUUCUUUUUUCCUUUCUUAUUUUUUUUUUUCAACUGGAUAAGGAUUUUGACUAUAUGCACAACAACAUGUUGCAGUACUUAAAAAGUUUAAUAAAUUUCAUUAAACUACUUUUCUGACAUAUUCUUAAAUUGAGAAUACAACCAACAGGGAGCUAGAAGACAAGGUGUGAGAAAUUGAGGCUUGUGGUUCAGGUCUCCAUUCAGAAACGGAUGCAAUGGAGGAAGAGGAAGUUUUACACAAGCUGGUACUGGAUAUAGUAUAUUUGUGCACUAACCGCCUCAGUCUGUGUUGGAUGAAGUGUGAUAUCUGCGACACAAAGGAUAGGAAUAUAAUCAAAGGCUCUCGGGAUGUUGUUGCCACAAUGCACCUGUCCAGCAGGAAUUGGCACAACAGUGUAGUUCAAAUGACGCUGAAGGACUAAAUAUUUGCUCUUCUAAUGAGCAUAAUCAGAUCUCAAAUAAUGACAUGAUGUGUUAUCAAACUAGCCUAAAACAUGCCAGAGAGGCGCAGCCAUGAGCAGGCAUUUGAGAGUUUACAGGCAGGGAAUAUUUCAUGAACUUUUAGCAAAAAUGUCAAAAGUAGUCCAAGUUGGAUGAUGUGUUCUUCACCGCUUUUUGUUGCUUUGCAUUGUUAAUAUGUGUAAAUAAGACUUUCACUGUAAAUAAGAAUGUCUCUUGUCUGCCAAUAGGCUCACUCCCAGAAUGCUUUGUAAUUAGCCUCUUUGAAUUACAGCAACAGCAAAAGGAUAAAGUAAGUCAAUUGCUUCCAACAGGCACAGUUCAUUAAAAAAA